UUACUCAUGGAGUUUUUUAGGUUUGAAGCAAGCAAGUUCCGCAAUGAGUGAACCCAGAUAGAGAGAUAGAUAGUGGCGCAAUCCGGGUUUGGUUUGUCCCCAAAUAACAGAAAAUGACGAUGCUUUCCAAGAUAUCAUCAUCACUGUUACUAUCACUAUCCUCCAAACCCAAACCCAAACCCAUUUGCAACUAUCACUAACCUCCAAACCCAUUCAUUCUUGUUUUUUUAACUGAGUAAAAAGUGCCACUACUAUUGAAUGGAAUGAAACAGGUUAUUAGGGGCCAUCCAGAGUUGAAGUAUUUGGUGGGGAUGGACGUGGACUCUCUAGCACACGACAUCGCCCAGCCUCGUCUUGAUGCCGUUUUGAACGCUGGUGUCAAAGCGAUUACCGUUUUGAGGAAUUUUAGAGACGUCAAGUCUGUGCUUAGAGAAAUCGCUGAGCUACACUUGUUGGGGGUUGACGCCAUCUUAAUGGACUUGGGAAUGUCAUCUAUGCAGGUGGACGAUCCUGCGAGAGGAUUCAGUGUGCUUGGUGAUGGACCCCUUGAUAUGCGGAUGGAUCCUCAGGCAAGUCUUAAAGCAGAAGACAUAUUAAAUUCCUGGCCAGAUUCUGAAGUGGGCCGUAUCCUAAGAGAGUAUGGGGAAGAAAGUAAUUGGAGAACUCUGCAAAAGAAAAUUGUCAAUGCCCGAUUACAUGGUGGAUUGCAAUCGACCAGUGACUUACUAGAUCUUAUUCGGCGUGUGACUCCUCCAAUGAAAGGUGGAAGGCAAGGUUGGAUAAAGAUGGCAACCCGGGUGUUUCAAGCUCUGAGAAUCGCUGUUAAUGAUGAGUUGAAGACACUUGAGGAUUCUCUCUAUUCUUGUUUUGAUUGCCUUGCACCUGGGGGUAGGCUUGCUGUCAUAUCUUUUCAUAGUCUAGAGGACAGAAUUGUGAAACAGACAUUUCUUAACAUAAUCAAAGGGAGGGAAGAUGUGGAAGAAAGGGAGAGCCUCAACAGUGUUUUGAGGAACACUAGUGAUGAAAUCAAAGAAAAAGAAGCAUGGAUAAAGCAAGUGAUAUAUGGAUCAAAUGGAACAAUUCUCACAAAAAGACCAAUCACGCCAUCAGGAGAAGAAGAAAAAUUGAACCGCCGAAGUAGAAGUGCAAAGCUCAGGGUUAUUCAGAAGCACUGAACAUGAUAAAACAUGACAAAUUGUUGUCUGGUGUAGAGUUUUUAGAAACAUCUGUAUUCAUAAACUUGUCUGUAACUUGGUUAAUCUUUAUAAAAAAACAAGGUGUUCACAACUCGUUAAAAGAGAAAGGUCAAAAGGGACUUGUGCAUACGGUUGCAAAUUACUUGAUAUCUAUUUUAACUAGUGAUUUCUAGCAAA